AUGAAGGAUAAUGUAACCAAGAAAGACAAAACUCCAAAAGGAAAGUCUGUGAUAAAGAGAAGAAAGGUAGAAAGUAAAGUUAUUGAGAAGAAGUCUCUAAAGAUAAAACUUGUACAAUCAAGUGACUCUGAGACAAAUGAUGAAGAAGAUGUUCAGGACAUUGUGUCCAUCAUAAGGAGAAAGGUUAGUGGAAAGAGAAUUGUUGUGAAUGUUCCUGCUGCACCCAUGGAUAAUGUGUCAUUUCAUUCUGAAACAAGUGUUCAGAAGUGUAAAUAUUCAGUUACUAAUAUUGGUCAUUGCUAUGAAACACUAGUCAAGGAGUUUCUUGUGAACAUCUCUUCUGAUUGUAAUGUUGAAGGAAGCGAGAAGUAUAUGAAGGUGUAUGUUAGAGGAAGUUGUGUGAAGUUCUCACCAAAAAUAAUUAAUGAGUACUUAGGUAGAACCAAGUUUGCAGUAUAUGAUGAUAUUCCAUCUAUAGACAAGAUUAAAAAAGAGAUAACUGGUGGGCAAGUGAAGCAAUGGCCAAAGAAAGGAUUACUCUCUACUGGAAGCUUGAGUAUGAAAUAUGCUAUUUUGAAUAGGAUUGGUGCAACAAACAAGGAACCCACAAAUCAUUGCUCAAGUAUAACCUCUGCACUCACUAAGCUUGUCUUCCAAAUAGGCACAAAGGCAAAGCUUAAUUUUGGAAACUAUGUUUUAAAACAAACUAUGAAACACGCAGAUUCAUUUGCUCCAAAAAUACCCAUAACAUUUCCCAGUUUGAUAACUAGCAUUAUUUUGAACCAACAUCCUAAGAUUGUGUAUACAUAA